AUGGCACGGCGCUACGAGAAUGCAGCAAGUACAUACGGACCUUCCUCUUCUAGGUCGAGGUCGGACCGUCUGCCAGAUUUUCGCCUUCAGGCUAGGUCUCGGAAUCUACCUAAAUACCUCUACCGGGUCCAUUCUGAUGAAUCAAUUACUGAGUACACAUCAGCAGAUGGAUUUUUAUCCGCUAGCGACGAGACGAUUGACCUUAGAGGAUCAGAAUUUAUGAGAACACUAAGCGACCAUUUAACUUGGGGCUCUAAAUCGCCAUCACCUUUCAUAUCUACCUAUGCAAACGAAAGUCACGCCAUUUCGUGGGCUAAGCUGUUCUUGCAGAAGCCCGGCCGUGAGCAUGACGAGGUCCAGAUAAUGAGGAUUAACACCCAGAAAAUUCGUGGCGAUAGCAAUGAAAGGAAGCCAAUCAUUUCUGUCAGAGAAGUAGUCAUUGGGAUGCGAGAAAAAAACGUCGAAGUGCUACCACCGGAAAGGAAUGACAAUCAGAUUAGGGAUGAGUACCUGUUCCUCUACCAAAUACCAAGGGGUGCCAUUGACAAUAUUCGGGAUUAUUCAUUGGAUAUGCUCAAACCACAGCCAAAGAAGGGGGAGAGCUCAAGGAGAUGGCGUGGGCAGGCUCAUCAAGAAUCGUCGAGAGAACCUGACUCAUACCCAGACCGAGGGAGAGGAGGACAGGGAAACUCUAGACAUACCCUUUCAGUAACUGAGGCCCCUCGAGGAUACAUACAUGGAGAUCUUCCCCGCAAUACAGAUUUCCAUAAUACACGGUCACCCCCACCGACGGAGAGGCGUGAACCACGGCGGAGUAUCCGCGAUUCGCGAGUAUCCGAUGUAUGGAGACCCGAAACCGAGAGUACAAUCGUGAGAACGGUAGGCCCUCCCCAAGACCCGUUUAUAACGUCUGGGGAAACUAGGGUCGACUACUCUCAUAGAGGUGUGGCCACGCCGGCACCCGGCCCUGGCCCUAAUAACUAUACAUACACUCCACACCCUAAAGCGCAGGUCGCCCCCUUUCCUAGCUCUAGUCAAUUUAACCAGCCAUAUGGCCAUAAUCCACAGUAUUGGGACCAUAAUCCAAAUGGUUAUCAACACCAUCAAAACCCCAACUAUGCACCAACGCCUGGAUUUGGUACACAAAAUCUCACCCCUCAAGCUCGAGCUACCCAGAAUACCGCUGCUAUUUCAAGAACUGCACCAAAUCCACGCGUCUCGAAUCCAGCUAAGCAUAGCCGUAACCAAAGUCCUGGUCCUACCUCUAGAGGUAUAUACAUGACCCCAGCUGGAAAGGAGAGAGGAGGGGUAGAGCAUCAGCAAAAUCAACUUCUCUCGAGCUCCCGCCCUGUCAAAGCCUCUCGGCUUUCACGAAUGUUCAAUAAACUCCGGCGAAGUGAUUGA